AUGGCUAAGAGGACACUAGGAGAACGCAUUGCGGAUUCUGCGACUCCAAAGGGGAGAGACUUUGAUAUCGAAAAUGAGGAGCUUGCUCAGUUCAACGAUUCAGAUGCCAGUGGUUCUGAUUCUGAUGAUGCAAACGAUGGCCUCAAGACGCAGCACUAUGUCGUACCACAAAAGAGUAAGCUCAGAGACAACAAGGCAAAAUUGGGAAAAGGGUAUGAAGGUGCCAAGACUUCGAGAAGUGAGAUCUAUAGCGAGGACGAAGAGGACGAAGAAGACGAAGAGGACAGCCAAGAAGAGGUUUCAGAUACAUCAGAAGAUGACCAAGAUCCCAACGAUUCGCAGUCUCAAGAAGAAGAAGAGGACUCGGAGUCUGAAGUAGAGCUAGAAACCCCCGAAGAAGAGGCCUUGAAAAGAUCAAAGCUUCAAGAAAUGAUAACCAGAGAAAAACAGGUGAUGAUCUCGCAGCUGUCAGAGUCGGCCAAGAACGACGCCGCCAAAGGUUAUGCCGUUCUGCAACAGCAAAAGACAUUUGAUUCCAUUCUGGAUACGAGGAUAAAGUUUCAGAAAGCUUUGAAUUCGGUGAAUGAACUUCCGCUUGAUAAAGCCUCUUUCAAAAAACAUUCCACACCAAAGUCCCGCGAGCUCGUAUCCACCAUCAGGGACUCAAUAUGCACGUUGCUAAACCAAAUCUAUCACACCAGAACUGUCCUUUUUGAAAAGGAGCAGGUGAUCACAGCUGGAAGUGACCUUAAAGAGCCAAAGGGACUUAAGAGAAAUAACUUUGAGGCCUUUCAGAAAGAUGGUGAGUAUCUGGACUCCACAUUGCAAAAGUUCCGGGAUCCAGUGCUGGUGAAAUGGUGGAAUAAAGUCUCGAAUGCUUCCGGUACGAAUGCUCUGAACAAUUCCAAGUUUAAGGCUAUCAACCAGAACUCUUUGGUCCAAGUCCAGAAUAAUUUGCAGGAUAUGGAAAGGCUAUUGAAGAGGACUAAACUCAACAGAAGAAACAUUAAGCCGUUGGGUUAUCAACCACGUGAGUCCGACAAUGAAUCCGGAAGCGAUGACGAUGAAGACAGAGAACCUGAAAUUACCCAAACUGCAGGCAACGAAUUGCCCUUCAUUCUGGAUGACGAGGACUUCUAUAGAGUGUUGUUGAAUGACCUGGUCGAUAAGAAGCUUUCGAGUGCCCAGAAUGAGGGAGCAGGCCCCCAGAUCGUGAUUUCCACUUCAAAACUUCAUAAAAAUUACGAGCGCAAGGCAUCAAAGGGGCGGAAACUACGGUACACCGCACAGGAGCCAUUGCAAAAUUUCGAAGCUCCAAAAACCGGCUCCAUUAGUUGGGGCGAUAGCCAGAUUGAUGAGUUUUUCGCCUCGCUUCUGGGCCAGAGGGUGAACAUGAACGAAGAAAGUGAAGCAGAGGAUGUGAGUGAUGACGAAAGCGAAGAUGAUAUCAUCAACGACGACUUACAAAUUUUCGGCUAG